AUGAAUUCCUCUAAGGAUUGGCGACGGUAUAUCAUUUCCCACUAUGCCACGUCGCCCAUCCCCCGCCACGGUCCCCCUUUUGCCUUUCUACUCUACCACAACAGCGGCUUCACGCGGCAUGCCAUCUUUACGCCCUAUGCUGGCUACGUUGCCGUCGUGUAUGCCACCUGGAUUGGCGUCUGCGGUGGAGCGUUUACAACCGAAGCGCUGUACCGGCGCCGCUGUGCGAUGGCGGGCAUCAUGUCGGCGGGCUCGGCCGAAGGCGACUUCUCGCCGGUCCCGCGCGCGGUCAUCACCGGCAACGCCGAGUCGAUCAGCGCCGCCCGGUACUCGGACGCGCAGCGCGAUGUCGCCUUCUCCAUCGCCACCGCCGGCGGCUUCGAAGUCCCGAUGCGCGCGCUCGAGUCGCAAGGCGCCGACCCGAACGCGCGCACGGAAGGCGGAGACACGGCGGUGAUGUGGGCGGCGCAGGGGUGCCAGCUGCAGUCGCUGACGAUCCUGCACGAGCUCGGGGCUAACCUCGACGCGCAGAACGAUAUCGGCUGGCACGCGGUCGUCUGGGCCGGCUCCAACGCGCCGGGCAUGAGCGGCCUCGGGCUCGAGGUGCGCUCGCGGCUGACGCAUAUGUCGCCCGUCAUGUGGCUCGUCCCCGCCGCCUUCGUGCCCGGCAUACGAGCGCUCGUCGUCGACCACGGCGUCGACAUCAACGCCGCCAACGCGCUCGGCCUCACCGCGCUCAUGUUCGCUGUGGCCGCGGAGAAGCUCGAGCUGCUCGGCGAGCUCAAGGCUCUCGGACGCAAGGGGAGCCUCGACAAGCUCGCCGAGCUGGGCGCCGACCUCGACGCGACGGAUGACAACGGGAAGAGCGCGCGCGCGCUGCUGGAGGCGGCGGCGGGUACGACCACCGGCUUGGACGACCACGGCGAGGCGCUGUCGCCGUCCCGCGUGCUAGAGGUGAUGUGGCGCGCACCGACGUGCGCCGCGACGUACCUGUAUCGUCUCGAGAGCUGCUCUGCUGGUGAGUGGCUCGCCGGGCGGGCAGCGCUGCUCGCGGGGCUCACAUUCCGCGCCGGCCCGGAUCCAGACGGGUUCCAGGCCGCCAUUGUCGGCAUCGGCAAUGACGCAGGAGACCUCGACAGCCUCGCGGCGUCGAUUGCCAUCGCGGACUGGCAGCCGGUGGGAGGCUGCGGCGGUCGGCCGCUCUGGGUGCCGAUCGCGCCGUUUCCGCGCUCCGAUUUUCGUCUACGCCAGGAUGCGUGCCUCCUAUUCAAUCACAUUGGCUUCUCAUUCGACGGAGCGGGUGCGCCAGAGGCGCUGCUGCACCUCGACGAUGUGGACGCCGCGACCGCCCGCCGCUGGAGCGACGCCGGCGGGCUGGGCCUGGCGCUCGUGGACCACAACGCGUGCGUCCCAGGCGUGCGCUCGCUCCUCGGCGAUCGCGUCGUCGCCAUC